AUGAUUUAUUUUUACUCUUAAAGUCUCUCAUCUUUCUUUUUGAAAGAAUACUUGAAAGUAGUCUCAUCCAAUGAGUAUGAAGACUAAAUACAACAGAUUUAAGUUGACAAUUCAGAAUUCAUGUUUGCAUUUAAGAUUGAACAAAAUAACUUCACUGCAUCUCCUUAUUUCAAUUUAACACUGGAAUAAAAGCAAUAUAGGAGAAAUCAGAAUGGAUAGUAAACCAAGAGUUCCUUCAAUCUUCCAUUGAUCCCUUGUACGAUAGAUCGGUUUUAGAGCAUAUUCUCCAAAUACCAAAAUGACUUUGAAGAACAAUUUAAGAUUCUAGGAAUCAAUGACUUUCUAUGUCCUUAGUAAAAUUAUAUUCAAUUAAUAGAUAAAACACAACCUUAUCUAUGGGAGGAACAUACACAAGCAGCGAGUUUUAAUUUUUUACAUUGUAAAUUGCAAAAUGUGAAAAUAAUGAAAAAGUGGAUUGUGCAUCACAAGAAGAAAUAGAUGAAUAUUUAAAAGCAAUGGGAUCAUUUAAAAUUUCAAUCUAUACUAUUAACUAAAUAAUAAAUCCAUAUAAACAAUAAUAUCGAUCUGUCUUUUUAGAUGAUUAAAUUUAUUUUACAUUCGUUCCUCAUUAAAUAAAUAGACAAGCCAACAUUUACUUUAGGAAAUAUGAGUUUAUAAAUGAUUAAAGUUUAAUGCCUUUUAGUGACAUCCAAUAAGAUACUGUUUUUUAAAUUGAUCAAACUGAUAUUAAAGAAAUGUCGGAUAUUGGUACAUCAAGCGAUUUAGUAUUUGCAACAUUUAAUUUUUAACUUAAUCCAUUUAAAACAAAAUUUGUAAGAAAUUAUCAAAAAAUUGAUGAGUUGCUUUCAAAUUUAGGUGGAAUUUAACAAGCAUUUUUCUUUUUUAUUGGCUUAGCCAUAGGUCUUUACAACAGAAUCUAAUGUAAAUGAAAAAACUAUAAUAGUUUUAAUUGAGUUAGCUAAUAAAAUAUUUGAAUUUUAAAUAGACUCAACGUUGCUAAAUAGGCAACAUCAAGAAAAUUUGGAAUUGAUUGAUGAAUUUAUGCAACACAGAGAAAAUCAUAUUCAUGCAAAUUCAGAUGAAAACAUUAAUGAAUAAGAUAAUUAACAAAUGGAAGAAAAAUUAUCACCUAAUAUAUCUUAACGGUAUAAUCUACUAAAUUUAUUUGUAAAUACAGGUGGAACUUAUACAAAAAAUACAACCAAAUCAAAAUCAACUAGGGAAGCAUAUAGGCAAUAAUAUAGGAUGGCUGAAAAGUUAAAAUAAAUGACAGGUUUAGAUUACUUUUAAAAAUAAAUUAUUAAUAUAAUUGAAAGAUAGAAACCGAUCUACUUAGACUUUAUAAUAUUUUGUAAUUAUAUUAGUUGUGGGAAAUUAUUUAAAAAUAACCCUAGAGUGAUACUUAUGAAUAAAGCAUUUGAAAAUAUUUUAGAUUAAUUGGAUGUCCAUCACAUACUUUUAAAAUUAAAUGAAUUAGACAAAUUAAAAGAAACAGUUUUUAAUUAUAAAUAGCUUCUUAUGUUUAAUUUUACUCCUAAACCAUAAAUAAACUUAGAAAACAAUACAGCUUAACCAUCAAGACAACUAAUUGAAUAAAUAGUAAAGAGUCCAGGAAUAACAGAGAAAGAAGAUUCUUUACAAUUAGUAAAUUAAAAAUAAUGGUCUCGAAAUUACUUUAGUUUGCUUGGGGAUCACUUAAUUUAUUCUAAAAUAUUUAAUGCAUAUGAUGACAUCCUUCAAUCAACUGAUACAGUCUAUACAAACAAAGCACUUAUUUAAAAAUUAGGUCCUGAAUUAUAAAUUGUAUUCAAGUUAUCUAAACUUAUUGAUAUCCAACACAAAAUAUAUAAUAGAUAACGUAACCCCACAAGAAGAGGAGCUAUGUAAGAAGAUGAGGAAGAUCUAUGUGUAAAAAUGUUUGACUAAUAAAGUUAAUGA